AUGUUUCGGCAGCGCAUACGCAUUCGUUUAGAAGGAGAUGUUGGAGACAUUGAGCCAAUUGAUUUGCACGAUGACCUGAUUCGUUUACGAUUACACAACCAGAAUACAGUGACGCCGAGAAAAAAAAGCAGCACGAAGAGCUAUGUGAAUAUUUUGCCGGAUCCAGCUCUCAACGAUGUUUUCAUUGGGGAAAACUUAUCCUCUCGUGUUUCAUAUUAUGAAAUUCAGUGCGAUGACGGCGAAAUGGUAAAGCAAAAGAGCAGUGGUGUGAUCGUAUGUACAGAAACCGUAAAGGUAGGCCUGAAAGAGUAA